UAUCGCGUCAACUUGUUAACCGGUGAGUCCUGCGUUAUUUCUCGAACUUCAUGGCUCCUUUUUUCGUGUAUUCAUCAUAAUGUUUUUCUGAUUCUUAACAUCAGCAAACUUGGAACACUUAUUUGAAUUCUACUUUUUAAUUUCCAAUAUAAUGUAUUAUUGCUGAUAGAGAGUUUUGAGGAUAAUACAAAAGUUUCUGCUUGAAAAUGCAUGAGUCAGUAACUGCUAACAUGGAAAAUGUCAAAAAAGUCGCACAUCAUAUACAAAAAUUAACAAGUAUCGUACCAGAAAUCGGAAUAAUUUGUGGAAGUGGUCUGGGAAAGUUGGCUGAUGGGGUAAAAGACAAAAUCACAAUCCCAUACACAAAGAUUCCCAACUUCCCUCAAACGUCUGUUGUUGGACACUCUGGAAACCUGAUAUUUGGAACUCUGAGCGGCCGAAAAGUAGUUGUGAUGCAAGGACGGUUUCACAUGUACGAGGGAUAUAGCAAUGACACGGUCGCUCUCCCCAUACGCGUGAUGAAGUUAUUGGGAGUCAAAAUUCUUAUGGUUAGUAAUGCUGCUGGUGGUCUCAACAGAAGUCUCAAACUCGGUGACUUCGUGAUCUUGAAAGACCACAUUUACCUUCCUGGACUAGGAUUAAAUAAUAUUUUGGUCGGACCGAAUCAGGAGGAAUUUGGUACUCGAUUCCCAGCACUUACGAAUGCCUAUGACAGAGACCUACGAAAACUAGCUGUGCAAGUAGCUGAAGAAAACGGCUUCGGGAAUUUGGUUCACCAGGGUGUUUACGUUAUGAGUGGUGGUCCUUGUUACGAAACACCUGCUGAAUGCACGAUGCUGCUUAACAUGGGUUGUGAUGUAGUCGGUAUGAGUACGAUUCCGGAAGUUGUAAUUGCCCGGCACUGUGGACUUCAAGUGUUCGCUGUUUCAUUAGUUACAAAUAUAAGUGUGCUGGAUGUCGAAAGCGAUUUGAAGCCGAACCAUGAAGAAGUCUUGGCCACAGGUGCUCAACGUGCUGAAUUGAUGCAAUCAUGGUUUGAGAAGAUAAUUGAAAAACUGCCCAAAGAUUGAAUCGGAUGUCACACUUAGUGUUUUGUGCAAUGAAUCAAACUUUGUGAACAAUGUUCUAUCUUUGUGUACUUGCUGAAAUGAAUAUUUUAACUUAUAAAAUUUUCUGUCUAGACAA